CUCAGGUAAGGUCAGUAAGGCUGCCCCCGGUCCCUAAUGAUUUCCACAAUCAGUGACUGACUCAGCCUGAUGGAAUACCAGCCACCCAGCUCUCCAAAAAUAGAGCACUGCUUCAUCCUCCCAACAUAGCUGCUGCACCGUGAUAAAACCAGCUGCCACAAAGCCAGGGCAGUGAAAACGCAAAGCGACACAGAACACAGUGCAGAGCAGGGCUCCUGCACACACAGCAAGAGACCAGCAGAGAACUGAAGGGACAUUUACAAUCGUUCCUCUCGGACAAGAAGAAAUAACUGACGAAAAGGAGGGCUUGCUUUUGGAACUGAGAAGAGGACAUUGAUUUCAGAACCCAGAGCCACAAGCUGUACAGCAGACCAGGACCUCGACAGACCCGCGCCUUCUGUGAAAGAGCAAUCUGCUCGCUACCUGUCGAGAGCAGCAGCUGUGAGCCCCAGAGCAAGCCCUGUAAAGCCGGUUGUUUUAACACAGGAUAGAGCUCUUCUUUCCGAUAACACUUCUAAAGCAAGGAAGAUGGCAGAGAACGCUAAACAGACACAGGUUUCAAAAACAACAAAUGUUCAUAACCUGGAAGAAGAUUUGCCACCCCCUCCACCACCUGGACCCCAGGAGGAAGGACUGGCCCCAACUGAAGAGCAGGACCAAAGCUUCAUACCAGUACCCCCUCCCAAAGAAACCUUCUGCACUUUCUAUCAACAGCAACAGAAGAACGAGCUGAAGAGGCUCUACAGGCACAUGCACCCAGAUCUGAGAAACAAACUAGAGGUGGUUGUGAGCAAGGAGCUGGAGGACAUGAUGAACUCAGACCAAAUCCAAGCCCUGGCAGCCGCUGAAGCUGGGCUUCAGGGGGAGGUUCAGUCUAUGCGUUGGAUAUUUGAGAAUUGGAAGUUGGACUCCAUUGGAGAGCACCAUGCUACUAAAAAGAUACUAGAGGACGAAACUGUCCCUGGUGGAAAUGUGAAGGGCACCUCUUCCCUAUUUGAACACCAGUCCGAACAAAGCACCCUACUCUCCACCUCUAAAAAAGCAUGCGAGAACGAGCUAAUAAAAGGGGACGUUCACACGGCUACAUGGCUGUUCGAGACACAGCCGCUGGACUGCUUAAACAAACUGUACCCAGAGGAAGGGGAAAUGGUGGCAGCGGUGCUUAAAGAACCCAUGCAAAGAGGAGACGUGAAAGGAGCACGGCUUCUGUUCGAGUCCUGUCCUUUAGAUGCACUGGGGCGCUGCAACUCUGUGGAAGAUCAAAGCAUCCUGAAGCUGAGAUCUGAAAUACAGGAACAGAAAGGGGAUCUUCAAAAAACUGUGAAACUCUUCCAAACAGAGCCUUGCUGUGCCAUUAAGGAUGGCACUGGGAACAUUUAUGAAAUCACGUCCAUAUGCAGAGAGGAAAUUCAGAGCGACAGCGUCAAGACAGCACGCUGGCUGUUUGAGACUCAGCCCUUGGAUUUAAUAAACAGAGACAGAUCAGAGGUCAGGAUCAUUAGGGGAAUCUCCUUGGAAGAGGCACAAAAGGGAGGGGUUGAUAAGAAAAGAUGGAUGUUUGAGACUCAGUCUUUGGACACCAUCCAUGAAAGCAUCCAAGAGGAAAAGUUCCAAGCAAACACAGAGGUAGUGAAAAGGGUUGAUGUUGAUAACAAACGCAUUCUCUUCGAGAUCCAGCCACUGGCCGCACUUGAAGGGGAACGUUCAAAGGAUACUUUGUCCAAUGAAGAGAUAGUUGGAGGGGAUGUGAGAUCAACCAUGUGGUUGUUUGAAACACAGCCCAUAGAAAACCUUAAGGACAGCUUUGAAGUGGGAUGUUUAAAGAAAGUGACUGUUACCGAGGAUGAAAGGGGAACAGUGAAGGAAAGAAAAGAAGUGUUUGAGACAUGCACUCUGGAUAGUAUUUACAAAGAGGCUUCUCAUGAAGAGAGCAAUUCCAAUGGCCAAGAGAUAGAAAAGGGUGAUGUUAAAUCUUAUAAGCACCUUUUUGAAACAAUUCCUUUAGGCAGCAUUUCUCAUACUGACAGUGACUGUAUUGCCAAGCAGGAAGAAUUGAGGACUGGAAACGGCAAGGACAACAUGGUUUUGUCUGAGACCAAACCUUUGUAUGCAAUUAAGGACAGCACUGGAAAUUACCAUGAAGUGACCACAGUAAGCCGGGAGCAGGUUAUCAGUGGAAAUGUCCAAAACUACAAGUGGAUGUUUGAGACAAGGUACCUUGACCAGUUUGAGGAAGGAGCAGGGAAAGUUGAGAUCAUCAAAGGUAUCACCAGACAAGAAGUGCAAGCUGGGGAUGUCAAGACAGCCAAAUGGCUUUUUGAGACUCAGCCACUUGGCUAUAUCCAUAACCAAAUCAAUCCGAUGGAGGAACAGUCAUCUGUCAAAAAGGAGGUUUCAGAAAAGGGGAAUGUCAGGACCUGCAGAUGGCUGUUUGAAACACAGCCCAUGGAUAUUUUAUAUGAGAAAUCUGAGAUGAAACAAGAAGAAGAAACCAUACCGAAAGCUGACGUGAAAUCCCACACUUGGCUCUUUGAGACCCAAUCUUUGGAUUCCAUAAAAGAAAUGUCCGAGCAGUAUUUGAAGGUAUGCAAUGCUUAUCAAGAUGAUGUGAAUGCAGUCGACGUGAAAACAGCGAAGCAUCUUUUUGAAACAGAAUCGCUAGACAGUCUCGCUGAGCAAGGUGUUAGAUAUGUUAGCAAAGUGGAUGUCCAAUCAGGAGAUGUAUCUCGAGUAAAAGAAAUCUUUGAAACAAAGCCUCUUGACACAAUAGGUACAGCCUCUGUAAAAAUCACAGAAGCUGAAGACAAAGAUGAAAGCAUCCAGUCGGGAUCGGUUCACAAGUUUACCUGGCUUUUUGAAAACCGUCCCAUCGAUACCAUUAAAGAAGUUGAAGAGACCAGUGAAAAAGGGCACAGCUUAAGUGAUGUUAAAGGUGAAGAUGUUGGUAAUAAAAAGUUUAUUUUCGAAACCUUUUCCUUGGACCAAAUUCACAAUGAGGACGAGGUGAUGGAAUGCAAGUCAGUUCCCACCGAGGAGCUGCUGAGAAAGGGAGACGUGAAGUCCUGUACAAUGCUGUUUGAAACCCAGCCGCUGUACGCAAUCAGAGAUAAAGAAGGACAGUUUCAUGAAGUCACUACAGUAAAGAAGGAGGAGGUCAUGGGUGGGGAUGUAAGGGGUGCCAGGUGGAUGUUUGAAACAAAGCCGCUAGACACCAUUAAGCAGCAGGAUGAGAUUUUCGUGAUCCGUGCUGUCACACAGGAGGACAUUCAGAAGGGUAAUGUUAAAACAGCUCGAUGGAGGUUUGAGACACAGCCACUGGACUCCCUCACGACUGGAGAAGAGCCUCCAGCAAAGACGGUUGAAGAUGUCCAAGAGGGGGACGUGCAGUUAAACAAACAACUCUUUGAAUUGCAAGAUGUCAACCAAAAGAAGUAUGUGCGAAUGGUGAGCGUUAGUGAUGUUCAACAAGGUGAUGUCAGGACCUCCACCUGGCUGUUUGAGAAUCAUCCCAUCGACACCCUGAAAGGUGAAUUCCAGGAAAGUGCUUCUGUGCAAACCGUGCACAGAGAAGACAAUCAGAAAGGAGAUGUAAAGAGGUCUACGUGGUUGUUUGAAACGCAGCCAUUAGAUUCUCUCAAAGAGUCUGAACCCAGUGUCAAGGUUCAGGAAGAAAUGCCCCUUGCAGAUGUGAAAAGUACAACCUGGUUAUUUGAGUCGACACCCCUUGAUAAACUUAGUUCAGAAAACACCACUGAAGCUGUGGAAAUGGUGGUGAAGAGUGUGAGAAAGACUUUACAUCGUCUCUACAACUUCAACGCAAUACAGUCCCAUGGUAUUGUUAUUGAAGCCAACAAAUGUCGGAGUGUAAAAAUGGCAAAGUAUCAGCUAAUAGAGAGCCAGGGCCCAGUGAUUCAGAAAGAAGAGGUUGUUGAAGGGGACAUUAAAGGGAUAAUGCUGCAGUUGCUGCACACGACAAAUGUAGAGCCCCAGGGAAUUCUUGUUAAAGAGGAUGAGCAGGGAAAUGUGCAAGUAACAAAACUAGAGCUAUCUGUGAGCCAGCAACAGUCCAGUGCAAGAACUGAAGGGGCGCUGAUAAAGGCAGAUGUAGCUCAAGCUAUUGACAACCUUCUCAGCCAAGAUACAUCUGUGACAAAAGGAAUCCUAAUCCAAGAAACUGAAAGGGGUCAUGCUGAAAUGACCAUUUAUUCCCUCUUCAGUCACCAGGAAAGAAGGGCAGAAAGCCAAGAGAUUGUCAAAGGCGAUGUGAAAUCCACCAUUGGCAGUCUUCUGGCUACAACACAAGAGCACAAGACUGCUGCCUCAGUCAGGCUGGGUCAAAGUGAGAAAGGAAACGUUCACUUAUAUAGGAGCUGCAUUGAGAAGGGAGACCUUAACUAUCUGAAGAACCUUCAGGAGGAAACCUAUGAGGAUGAUACUGAUUCUCCUCCCAAGGAACAGAUUGAAAUUGUCCAAGGGGAUGUGGAGGGAGCUAAAAGGCAUCUCAAUCAACAUAAAGAGCAGGUAGAGAAAUCAGUCAAGGACAUUGUGCCCGGGAACAUUAAAUCCACAAAGCAAGUGUUCUUGUCCGAAAAUGUGUCAGAGCAAAGCAGUGUUCAGAAAGAAGAAAUCUUAGGUGGGGACAUCACUGCUGCUAAGCAGUCACUAGGACAGGCAAUGAAUCAGCCGAUUGUUGUAGAAAAAGAGGAGAUUGUUUCUGGGGAUAUUAAGGCAACACUGCAGUCCCUGGAGCGUGCAAAGAUUCAGAGCAUGCAGCUGGAAUGUGAAAUCAUUGUUCCUGGAACAAUAUAUGAUAUAACAGCCCCACUGGAGGAAACAGGUUCCACUACAAAUGGGAAUGGGACUGUAGAGCUUGUUACAGGAGAUACCUGUGCAGAAAAGCAUGGCAUAGAGCAGGGCAAUCAAGCAGCAACGUGUGUAGUAAUGGAAGAUGCACACAGUUCUGAUCUUCAGGCAGCAAUGCAAAGCCUCCGCCAGGCAACAGCUGAAGCAAAAACUGUCCAGCACCACGUUCAAGAGAGGCACCAUGCAGUUUCUCAAGCCCGUCGAGAACAGCACACUCAACACGCUGCUCAACAGAAGACCAGCGUCCAGCAUGCAAGCACUGUGCACACAUCCAUGCAGAUGCAAGAAACUGUUGUGCAAAAGAAACAACUUAGCAGUGUCACAAGGGUAGACAAAUCAACUGUGUCCUCCAAAAGCCAGCAGAAGAUAAAGUUGCUGUGACUGACAGGGAACGGCAGCCUUCUACACCACUGAGUGAUGCAACUGUAACCCACACCUGUAAGGAAAACAAAACCGAUUCU